AUGGCUGAGACAGGAGUUGCAUUCUCUGGUGGUGGUAUACGGUCAGCGGCAUUCUGCUCAGGGGUUCUGCGCAGGCUCUUACAACGCAAAACUAAGAUUGACUACCUGAGUUGCGUGUCAGGGGGCGGUUACACAGGCACAGCCUACCUGGAUUGGAAAUAUCGGAAUGGCAAGAAGGACGAUCCAAAAUGGCAUCAGGAAUUCUUCGACUACAUGAGAGAAAAUGCAGGGCUGAUGUGCAACUGGCAGAAACCCUUCAAAGGAAUUUUAGACACAGUGAUACUGCUAUCGCUGAUGAUACUAGUUUGCGUCAUAAUGCCCAUCAUUGUGUGGGGUUCUUACCUCAUACCACUGACGUACGUGGUGGAUUAUCUCUUUGGCGAUCUCCUCCGUGCAGAGGAUGAAUGUGAUCGUAAUUCUACAGCCGUCGUUCCACCUCCCAAGCGUCGCCCAGCUGGAAAAAAGCCACCAAAACCCUGCAGGCUCGAAGCAGGCUCCGAAGCUUAUAACAGAGUCGCUAUGUUUGCUUCACUUAUGGCCCUAUUUAUCAUUUUCUACUUUCUGGCAAAGAAAGUUCGAAGGUUUCGGGGUGUGUUUUACUUUGUGUCAUCUUUUUGUGGCCUUCUGUUUGCUUUCACAUUUAUUCCCUAUUUUAUUUACUAUUUUUUUGAUCGCACCUCGAAUUUUCUGCAGUCUCUCGUCUUUCUUCUAAGUAUUGUGGUGUGGAUCUUCUUUCCGGUUCUCAGGAGUAGGUCUUCCUUGGUUGUUAUCGUGUAUUGGUAUUCGUACGCGAUAUACUGGAAAGUUUACGAAUUAAGCGUGUUUAAUUUGGAUUAUUCCGAUUCCCUUUACUAUCGCCUCCUGUUUGGCUCAGGAUUCGUGUUAUGGAUCGUGCCUGCUUUAGGAGCGCUUCAGCAGCGACUUGUAUACGUCUUUAACAGGUAA